GUGGCGGCUGGCCCUGGUCCGGAGGGGGUGUUUCCCCACCCCUCAGCCGCGGUGGGGGUAGUAGUUCCGUGCCUGCGCAGCGCGCCAUCCCCUCACCGCGCAUGCACACACACCCAGAGCUCGUGCAGGAGGCCCGGAGAGACGCGCACAACCCCCCAAAACCGACAUAACGAUUUUACUGGCACAUUACCAUCACCCACCGCCUAGCCCCGGGCCGCGCACACGGUGCUUGAAUUUGUGACUUGCCGAUCUCGAUAAGGACAUCCACUAUUUUGUUCAUGGAGUUUUUCAUAAGUAUGUCUGAAACGCUCAAAUAUAAUGAUGAUGAUCAUAAAACGAUAUUUUUAAAGACACUAAAUGAGCAACGCCUGGAAGGAGAAUUUUGUGAUAUAGCCAUUGUGGUUGAAGAUGUAAAAUUUCGGGCUCACAGGUGUGUGCUUGCAGCAUGCAGUACCUACUUCAAAAAACUUUUCAAGAAACUGGAAGUUGACAGUUCUUCUGUAAUUGAAAUAGAUUUCCUGCGAUCAGACAUAUUUGAGGAGGUUCUCAAUUAUAUGUACACUGCUAAGAUUGCAGUCAAGAAAGAGGAUGUGAACUUGAUGAUGUCCUCAGGUCAAAUACUGGGAAUUAGGUUUUUGGAUAAGCUGUGCUCUCAAAAGCGUGAUGUUUCUACCACAGAUGAAAAUCCUUCUUCUCCUAAAAAUAAAUAUGCCUAUGAGACCAGUUUAAAAAUUAGUCGUCCAGUUGGUGGUGCCAAUGACAAUCAAGAUGAUGAAGUAGAGGAAAUUGGUGAUCAAGAUGAUAGUCCUUCGGAUGAUACAGUAGAAGGAACUCCACAGACGCAUGAGGAGAAGUCACCCACUGCUACACUGCGAGUACAAGAGGCAAUUCUUAAAGAGCUAGGAAGUGAAGAAGUUCGAAAAGUAAAUUGCUAUGGUCAAGAGGUUGAGGCAAUGGAGACAACAGAGCCAAAGGAAUUGGGAUCUCAAACCCCUCAAGCCUUAACAUACAAUGACAGCAUUAGUGAAGUGAAAGAUGAACAAGCACCAGCAUGGACCACUGCGACGGGGGAUAUGAAAUUUGAGUAUUUAUUAUAUGGCCAUCGCGAACAAUUUGCUUGUCAAGCUUGUGGCAAAACAUUUACAGAUGAAGCACGACUUAGAAAGCAUGAAAAGUUGCACACAGCCGACAGACCAUUUGUCUGUGAAAUGUGCACGAAAGCUUUUACUACACAAGCUCACCUGAAAGAGCAUUUGAAGAUUCACACAGGAUACAAGCCAUAUAGCUGUGAGGUGUGUACUAAAUCUUUCAUCCGAGCACCAGAUUUGAAAAAACACGAGCGGGUACAUAGCAAUGAGAGGCCAUUUGCCUGUCACCUGUGUGACAAAGCAUUCAAACACAAAUCUCAUCUGAAAGAUCAUGAGAGGAGACACCGAGGGGAAAAACCGUUCAUUUGUGCUUCCUGUACUAAGGCAUUUGCAAAGGCUUCUGACCUUAAACGUCAUGAAAACAAUAUGCAUAGUGAGCAACGCAAGCAAGUCACUACUAGUGCCAUACAGAGUGAGACAGAACAAUUACAGGCAGCAGCUAUGGCAGCUGAAGCAGAACAACAGCUUGAAACAAUUGCCUGUAGUUAGAUUGGGAAAACAAAAACAAAAAAGUCCAAUAUGUAGCAUAAUGUGUGUGCGUGUUCAUAAGCUCCAUUCUGCACUUGUAUGAUCCAAACUGCUUCUACUAAUAUGCUUAUUUAUACAUGCAGCAGAUAGAAAUACAAAAAAAAUUAUGUUUUAGAAAACUGUACAGAUUUCAAGUGGCUUUGGAUAUUUGAGUUAUUAAUGUAAUGCAUAUGAAUUUGCUUUAUAACCAUCAAAAACAAGCUAUUGGGGAUUGUAUUGCUGCUGUUAACUGCAAAAACCUGUUUGGAUUUUUUUUUUGUCUUAUGCUAGUUACAUUUUGUGUAGAACAAAUAAUUAUAUCACCACACUUUUUAAUAUUUGCUGUAAAUCUGCAGUAUGUGUAGCUACACAGUGCAAGUGUAUGACUUUAUAAAUGUAUGAGACACAUCAAUUCUCUUUUUACUAAUACUCUCUAGAUGGGUACAUGUGUAUAUACAUGUAUAUCUAUUUAGUUUCCAGUGUGUGUAUAUGUGUUUGUUUUUGUACUUUACAUAUACACACACCUACGUAUGUGUCUGCACUUUUUAUUUUAACCUUGAAAAAGCCUUACUUAUCUACAAAUGAAUUCUCCACCCCAUAUAUUACUCAUGGUUUCAAUUUGUAAAAGAUCUCAUGUCAGAACUUUUUGAUCAAUAAUCUGUAUUAAAUCAAUAGCUUUUUUUAAUAUAAGUAAUUACCGGCUCUCUUAUCUUGUUCUCACCUAAAGUACAGUGUAAUAAACAAAGUAAUUAAAGUAAUUGUAGGAUUUUCAUGUCAAAGCAUACUAGUACAAUAUAGAAUGUACAGAUUUGUUUAUCUUCCAUGGUAGAGCAAUGCAGAUAUGUAUACACCUGUAGCAAUGUACAAAAUAUCCAUAGAGGAAGUUUGCUUUUAUUUUACAUUAUAGACUUUGGUAUAGCCUGAUGAUUUAUACAUUUUAUAAUAAAAGUCAGGAUUUUUUUUCGGGUUAUUCAGUAAGUAGAUUUUAUGAUAGUACUAAAAUCAUGUUGUUCUUUUCAAACAUUAAAUGCAUUUAUACACUGCGAUCACGAAAAACAGUUUUACAUUGGUCAUUGGGAACCCAUUCAGGAAACACAUCUCUUUUCUCUUUGCUUAGCUUUUACUGGACCCAUUUUUGCAGUGGAGGUAGGGCUAACUGAAUUU